AUGGGCGCGUUAGAUCAUGUCCAGGGUCGAACCCUUUAUCGCAUCAUGAGCGCGGCUUGUGGCUCGGCGUUCAUGCUUUACGGAUGGGAUGCAGGCGUUCUUGGUGGCAUCCAAGCCACACCGGAGUUUCUGUCUGCGAUUGGGAACCCAACAGGUCCUAUGAUCAUUCCAGUUAUUGCAUCAAUAUAUAACCUCGCUGCCGGUGUCAUGUCACUUUGCGUCAGUUUUUUCGGUAUGAAAGUGGGCAGAAAGGGCACAAUCCUCAUCGGCUGUCUUUUGAUCUGCAUCGGCGCCCUUCUUCAAGCCUCAACCUAUUCCGUUGCUCAGAUCAUUGUUGGGCGUAUUGUUACCGGGGCGGGCAUCGGCUGUAUCGCCAGUGCUGUGCCAACUUACAUGGCUGAGAUGUCCCUGGAGGCUAGAGAGCGAGGUCCCGAGGUUUCAUAUCAGCUUGCUCUUCUCAUCACGGGUGUAGCUUUAGCAUAUUGGGUUGAUCUGGGCUUUGUACAGGGCCUUGAAAAGCAUCCUUGGCUCUGGCGAAUCCCCUUGGCCAUGCAAAGCUGCUUCGCAAUCUUUUCGGCAACACUGCUGUUUAUGCUACCUGAUACUCCCCGUUGGUACUAUGCAAGAGGUCGUAACGACGAUGGUGACCGCGUGUUGGCUCGUCUUCACUCCUUGCCAAUUGAUCACUCUGCUGUGCAACUUGUCAAAAACGAGAUUCUUUCCUCCCUCAAAGAGGAAGAGAAUGAAGAGAAAUUCAACUGGUGGAUUCUAUUCUGGGACAACACAGAACUCCAGUUCGGCCGCCGCCUUCGAACCUCGUUCCUCAUCAACUGGGCACAACAGUUUCUCGGUAUUAACAUGCUGGUUUACUUCAGCACCACCAUCUUCUCAAACCUCAACUACUCCCCCCUGCUAUCCGGGAUCUUGGCUGGUGUACUAAAUACCGCAUUUGCCCUUGCAUCGUAUCCCCCAAUCUGGUACAUUGAAAGAGUUGGACGCCGAGCAAUGAUGAUCUGGUCUGCCAUUGGUUGCGGAAUCUGCAUGCUGCUGUAUGUUGCUAUCACGACUCUGCCGCCAAGCAGGAUGAGUAUGGCGACCAAUUGGGCAGCCGUGGUGGUUAUCAUCCUCUACGAAGUUGUCUUCGCCUUUGGUUGGCUUGGAACCUGUUGGAUUUAUGGUCCUGAAAUCGCGCCAUUGAAAUAUCGACAUGUUGCAGGCAGCCUCGGUGCUGCAGGCGAAUGGUUCUCCACCUGGGUCAUGGUCUUUGGAGGUGGUACUGGAAUCAAUGCUGUUGGUCCCAAGACCUUCAUCUGGCCCCUACUCUGCUGUUUUCUGGCUGCUGCUUACGUUUACUGGCUUUGCCCCGAAACUACUGGCAAAACCUUGGAAGAGAUUGACGAGCUCUUUGCCCGCUCACCAGAGGUCCGUGAACGACUGGCUCAGAAGUCAGCUACUCGCAGAAUGUCCUACAGCGGUCCCGAUGGUCGUCCCACAGGCCGACGAGCUUCGGUCACAUCAGGGGCGUCAGCUAGUGGGAGGAAGGAUACUCCUAUGCACAGCGAGAAAGUUUAG